GCCAGUAAAUCGAAAUGAUAGGGAUUGAGAGGGUAUUCGGGCUGGAACACUUGGGAUGACGAGUAAGGAACACCCGACCCUUGUAAGUGAGGCACAGGUGCGGUCUGCGUUGGGGCGGUUACAGCGGACCUGGACGGAGCGGACGGGGAAUAGAGUCAUCGAGGGAAACUCAACAGGGGAUGUGUGCACAGUGUACUCGGCGCAGUUACGCUGGCGGGUGCAGUUGAGGGAUAGUGCGCGAGAUGAUCGGGGCUCGUUUGCAAGACGAAGUCGUGGGUGCUCAGCGAACGGGGAACGUGCGCCAGGUGUUCGCAGUGAUUUGGCUUGGUUGACUUCAGAGCUUGUCGGAGAACUGAAGAGGGAGGGGAGUCAUUCAGGUGGAAGGGGGGAACCGUUGGGAAGAGUGCCUGUAGGAGGCGUGCCAGGCUUUCACCGCCCCCGGCGCAAUCUGAGUUUGAGUUCAGUUGGGGGCGAUCAGAGGGAAUGCAUGCUCGCAGAGGGGGGCAUUUUCGUUUGGCAUGCCAGGAGUACCCCGCUCUCCUUCGGAGCUCUAUGCGGAGACGAAGACCCCGAUUGGCUAGUGGGAUGGGGGAUAAGCAUGCUGAAUGCAGGGAAACGGGGACUAGUGUGGAUUGGCGGAGAAAAAGGAGCUUGGAAGGUGAGUGCCGCCCCCAUUGGAUUCCGAACUCGUUGGGACAACGGGCUGUAGCGAGCAGCAUGUUGGACAUGCAUCACGCGCGUUUCGGCUCGCUUCACGCGAAGUGACGUGAAUCGCCUAAUCAAGAAAGAGCGGGAGU